CGGUAUUACAGGAAUUUUUGUUCGGAACUUGACUGCAUACAAAUGGAAAUGGACAAAAGAAAUUUUAGUUAUUGUGAAAAGUAGUUUGUUGCUUUAAUGUUUGGCAUCUGCUUAAAUUACGGACAUAAAUGGAAAUGUGCGGUGUUAGAUACCAGUUGAUUGUCACUCUUCUUAUUGGAUAUCUAUACAGGACUUAUGCUGUUUAUAAAGGUUCCAUCCAUACCAAAUGCUCCCACGUCAAUAUGCCACUGGUUUUGACCUGUGGUCAAUCUGAAGUGAUCUACAUACAUCAGACGAUCUUGACCGACUGGCCAGGGUCUAUUUCGGCGUCCACAUGCGAACUCCCCCUCUGUAAUCAAUACUGCCGUGCUUCCACACAACAACAUGAUAUUUACUUCAACGGCAGGCAGACGGCACAAUACACGUUUUGGCGGGACAAUUUGAUCGGCCAUGACUUCCUGUCUGGAAAUUGUAAUACGUCAUCUUCUUCAAACUUGGUCCACGUUCGCUACGAAUGUUUGACAGUUAACAGACUGACCAACGUGUGCAGCAAAACCGAGAUUUCGGGCGUGACAUCCGGGUUCCUAACGAGUCCGGGAUUCCCAGGCUCACCAUCGUCACAACAAAAUGGCUGUCAGUGUGAGUUGAUAGCUUCGGAUAAUGGUAUAGUGACUAUGACUGCUGUUCUUAUCAAUCCUGUCCUCACAGACCAGCAACCAAGAUGGACAUUUGAGGUCAUAGAUGAAAAGGGAAAAGUGCAAGUCUUAGACACUCAGGCAUGGUUUACUACGACUGUCGACCUUCACUCCUCCUCUACCAUACACGUGAAAUUCUCGAGUUCCGGUGACACAUCGGAUGCGCGCGUUCACUUCACUUCUUACCCAAGAGGAUUCUGGGUUAAGUACACAGGUAUAUGUAAAGCUUUCCCACUGUUUUCGACAAUAAAGGUUCAUUGCUCCGCGCCUUCUGAUAACAAUGGAGUGUCGGCCGUUACCGUAGCCGUAUCUUGUGCCUUGGCGGUAGCAUUUAUAUUAUUUACACUGACUGUAGUGUAUUUUGGUCGUAAGUGGUGGCGAAAUAAACACCCGAAAUUACGGAUAAGACGACACAGCAAAACGACACCUGACGGAGGGCGCGAUAACUACGGAAUGGAGUUUGAUUACACUUCAGACAGAUGGACAGAGUCAGACGUACCGGAUAUAGGUCCCGGUAGGUGUAUGUCACUUCCGGAAAUUUACCUCGCUCAGCAGAUCGGGAAAAUGAGACUAGAAGGGCAGUCGUCUACCCCUCGUAAAGGUCGUGUGGAGGGUCGACGGAAAUUUUCAACAGUCAGCCUUCCUUCCUCAUCAUCAUGUCAAUUGUCUAUGAUUACGAACGACAUUGUGCGAGAGGUCGACGAGUUUGACGACGAGACCGGAAGUUACGAGUCUUUCGCUAUGGAAAUAUUUCAUCUCGAAGGAAUCACCAGCGACGAAAUUUAUGUGUAAAUUCUUCGUUGAGAUGUAAUUGGGCUUGUUUUAUCCCUAGCUGCGUUUAACUUAUGUGUGUGGAAUCUUUAUGCACCAAAAGAAGCAACAAUGCGGGCUGGGAUUCUACAGAUUUUCGGGAAUUACCCGAACGACAUCGUUUAACAUGGAGAUACCAUCAACAUAUUUAUGAAUGGAGGAGAUGAGGCGGUGGCAACGGUGCUAAAUGAUUAAUUAAUCAAAUCACGACAUAAGUUCUGUUUAUCGUUAAACAUUAAAAAACAGAAAUAUGUAUUUAUUUUUGUAGUAUUUUGACAUGACUUGAAACUUUUUGUAAACACGUGAAUGUUGGAAUUUGUUAAGUGGUGUGCUCUUUGUGUGUCCGUAUUUCUAACAGUGUAACGUGAUAACAGAAGCACGUGAAUCAUAUGAGCUAAACCAGACCAAACUAAUAAACUCAAGACAGACGUCGUGGAACAGCAGGGGUAAAUUAGAACAUUUUAGGCAGGUAACGUCAGCAGAUUCCGAAAUAAUGAUCUCAGAGUUAUAGACCGAUCGGUAACCAUAGCGAUUUGGUUUUUUAACAAACAUAUGAGUACCGAAGAUAA